AUGAAGGCAGUGCGCUUCCAUGGCCAGCAUGACCUGCGAUACGAGGAUAUUGCAGUCCCUACUUUGAAGCAGGGCCAGGUGAAGAUCAAGCCCGCGUGGGUUGGAAUCUGCGGCAGCGACCUACAUGAGUAUCUCGGCGGACCCGGGUUAUGUCCCACAACCCCACACCCAAUAACCGGCGAAACUGUUCCCUUAACGUUCGGUCACGAGUUCAGCGGGACGAUUGAAGAGGUUGGUGAAGGCGUGGAUGACUGGGUAGUGGGCGACCGCGUCUCAGUUCAACCGAUCAUCUACGAUGGGACUUGUGGCGCUUGCCAGGAUAAUUUGCACAACUGCUGUUGGAGCAACGGAUUCAUUGGUCUUAGCGGGUGGGGCGGAGGACUCUCUGAGCACAUUGUAGUCCCGACGUCUGCCUUGUAUCGGCUUCCCAAAAACGUCCCAUUGCAAAUAGGAGCGCUGGUGGAGCCGCUUUCGGUCGGGUGGCAUGCUGUCAAGGCUAGUCCGUUCAAGAAGGGCGACGCGGUCUUGAUUCUAGGAAGUGGACCGAUUGGUAUCGCUGUGAUGCUGGCGCUUCAAGCAAAAGGUGCAGAUAAGAUUAUCAUCUCUGAGGUCAGCCGCAAGCGACAAGAAUAUGCGAAGAACUUUGGUGCGCAUCACAUCCUCGACCCAACGAAGGACGACGUUGUCAAGAGGUGCCGAGAGCUUUGCGACGGCCAGGGGGUCGACGUGGUGUUCGAUUGCGCUGGUGUCCAAGUCGCGCUGGACGCAGCCAUAGAAGCCACGCGAGCUCGUGGAACAAUCGUCAACGUCGCCAUCUGGGAGAAGCCCUGUACGAUCACACCGAAUCUCUUUACAUUCAAGGAACGACGAUACAUGGGUGUUGCGACCUUCCAAGUUGGUGAUUUCCAAGAAGUCAUCGAUGCCAUUUCCGCUGGCAGCAUGAAGCCCGAGCGGAUGAUCACGGGCCGAAUCGAAUUGGACGAAGUCGAGGAGAAGGGGUUCAAAACUUUGAUCAACGACAAAGACAACCAGGUCAAGAUACUGGUCAAAGUAGGAGGCGACGAUUAAGAGGAUACAGCAGAGAGCACCUUGCUGUCGGAUGACCGCAAAUUACGUGCUAGGCGCACACUGACAGGACUGGGGCCAGGACUGG